AGCUGUUUUGUACGUUCUACAUUCUGAUCCGAGGAUCAGCUGGAGGAAGCAAUAACAGAGGGAAAAUCUGCAGGGGAAAAAAUCGAACAAGAGGGAAAAAACUGCAGAUGUUAUACUCUGAACAUCAAGUGUAAAUUCAAGUUUUACACGAAGCCCCUUCUUCUAAGAAGAAAGCCUUUUUUUAUUUUGUAUUAUGGUGUUUUAACUACCUCACUUAAAAGGCAACCUAAAGCUAUGCUUUAAGAAUUAUUGUCGUUUCUACUUUGUGUGAGAUCAUCACGUUUACAAUUUGAAAUAUAUUGCUAAUACAGGCCUUUGCAGCGAUACCAAGUAAAACCUUACAUUUGCACUAAGGAAGCCUGUCGAGUCCUGUAAGAAAAUCAACCUACGAGAUCAAGACAAGAAAAGGGUUGAAGCAAAGAGAGGCCAAGAAAACCGUGCUCACUUUCCUGACCUGGCAACUGUUUGACAAAGCGAAAUAAMGAACUAAAUAAGACUACAAAAAUACUUAAUAAGUAGCAAAAACACACAAAGGCAGCUAGCUAUACCUUGAGAACUACAACUAUACACAGAACCUGACUUCCGCGAUCCCUGACCCUUGACUUUUUACCCAUUGACGUGUACCCGACCAACCAGCCUAGCCAUGUUCCAAGCUCUGAGCAGCCUGUUCUUYGGAGAGGUGGAGGAGGUGGCCGCAGAGAUCAAGGGGCCCAACCCCUGUGUGACCGACGCUGACGAGGAAGGAUGGAUGCUGGUCAACCUGCCCGAGGGAGCCACGGCCGAGACCAGCCCCAUGGAGGAUCUGCUUAUAGAGCACCCCAGCAUGUCCGUCUACGUCUCCCCUAGCAACCUGUCCAUGAUCUCCAACGGCAACCUGUCCAUCGUCGGGGAGGAAAGCAUCACCAGCCUGACAGGCAGCAUGAGCAGGGUGGCAGAACCAGCCGCUACCUCUGCCGUCCAUAAUACCAUGCACAGGGUGACCCGAGGAGCCGCUGCCCAGGCUGACCUGGCCAAGGUGACCCAGGUGGCCAGGGUUCAGAGGGGCAAGGCCCGCAUUGAGAGGCGCCUUGGACGCAACCGCAUCCAGCGCCAGAACCGCACUAGGGAGCAGGUUCCCCGCCACGCAGCCACGCCUAGAAAACACUACCUGCACCAGCCCUGCCAGCGUAACAUCUGCCACUGAGCUUCCACAAACACAGGGAGCCAUUUACUCUGAGGGCAUUAGUGGUUAUACUCCCCCUUACAUAUAUACAGGUAGAUUUAUAUGGCACACACACCAUAUAUCAUCAUGUCGACAAAUAUGUAAAUACACAUGCACACAACGUACACGCAAUCAU